CUUUCCUCCGACUGUGUCAGCCGCGACGAGAUGCCUGCUGAUGGUAUUUUCCUUUCAUCCUUCUUGGUUCGCAGCAAAACAUUGUUUCGUGUUUUUUGAUAUUUUAGCCGUAAAAGUUUUAAGUUUCUCCUCAAAAACUACACCAAACUGAUCAAUAGUAUGUGCUUGUGCUAAUGUGCGUUCAGUUCCGUUUCGGCGUGCAGUUAGAGUUGGCGAAAAGAGCACUUUUCGACACAGCUUGGUGAAUCCUCCACGAAAGAUUGUGCCUCCCCGCCCGAACAGAAAUGGCUCGAGAGUACGAUCAUUUGUUCAAGCUUCUCAUCAUCGGCGAUAGUGGUGUGGGAAAGUCUUCGCUUCUGAUACGUUUCUCCGACAACACAUUCUCCGGCAGUUACAUAACAACCAUCGGUGUCGAUUUCAAAAUACGCACAGUGGUCAUAAACGGUGAACGCGUGAAGUUGCAAAUAUGGGACACUGCAGGACAGGAACGGUUUAGGACUAUAACGAAUACUUAUUACCGUGGAACGCAUGGUGUUAUAGUGGUAUACGAUGUCACCAAUGGCGAAUCUUUUGCCAAUGUAAAACGAUGGCUACAGGAAAUUGAAUCUAAUUGUGACGUAGUGAACAAAGUUCUAGUCGGAAACAAAAACGACGAUCCCGCCAGGAAGGUUGUGAUCACCGAAGACGCGCAGCGUUUUGCGAACCAGAUGGAUAUACAGCUUUUUGAAACCUCAGCCAAAGACAAUAUCAAUGUAGAGGAAAUGUUUUUAGCCAUCACCGAGCAAGUGCUAAGGCAUAAAAAGCAAACGCAAAAACAGGUUCAAUCGGAUCAAAGUAACGACACCGUCAAUCUGCGCAAAGGAGCUAACAUAAAGAAAAAGAACAAAUGUUGCUAGUACUACUACUAACACGUGUUUGGUUGAAUUGUGUAAGCAAGCAAACUGAAGCAUCCGGCAAAAAAACGAAGGAAAGAGAGCUAAAAACGCAUACAAUACACUGUAAUUAUAUAAAUGCUAUCUAAUAUAUUUAUACUGAUUACGAUAUCAAACACUUGUAGCAAAUAGACGCCAAUUUUUAACCA